ACAGAAAUGAGGGCCUGAAGUGGGUAAGAGCAUUUGUGAAAGCAAGAGGGCCUGGGUUCAAGUCCCCAGUGCACAUUAAAAACCUAGGCAUGGUGGAGCAGUGCCUGCAAACCGCACUGGAGUGGAUCUGGGUGAAUGCCAGGGGCUCACUGACCAGUCAAGUCAGCCUUGCCCAGACGGGGAGCUUUCAGGUCCUCUGAGGUCCUGUCUCAAACAAGAGAUAGAGUAAUAGAGGAAGACACUCACCAUCAGUCCCUGGUCUCUGCACAGAGAAGUACACACCACACAUGUGCGCGUGCACACACACACAUAUACACACCACACAUGUGCAUGCGCACACACACAGAUAGGGAGUGUGUGGAAACGAGAACUGAGGAGAGGUGGGGAAAAUGGCAGGCAAUUUUUUUUAAUGCAAGCAAAUUGAAUCCAAUUUCCUCCCCAUCUUGGUGUCCUUUGCCGUUGCUUCUUCCAUUUCUUCUGCUGUGAACUGACUCCUCUGAGGAACCCAGUAACCAAAGCCGCCAGUCGCAAUGAAAGCUGAACUAACUUGUAAACAGAGUUCAUUGAGAACCCAAGGCUAUCGCUCCAAGUGCACGCCCUUCCCUAAUCAGGAUUCUGCACGUAGCCAAGGCUAGCCAGCAACUCUAUGUGAUCCAGUGGGCCUCCAGCUCACAGUCCUCUUGUGGCAAUGCUGACAUUACAGAUGUGUGCCACACCUGGCUCUGCAAACAAAUCUUGAAACACACUGAACUAAUAAUGACAAUAGGAAGUGUGUUACCACCGUGUAUCGAGAACUUGCUUUGUGCCAAACACGUACCAUGUUAUCUCACCUAACCCCCUGAACAAAACAAAGUGUGUGUGUGCUUUUAUGUCUUUUUUCGAUCAGGUAAAAAAAAAAAAACAAGCAACAAUACAAACCUAAGACUCCCUUGCUUCAGGUCACCCUGAAUAAGAUACUGUGAUUCAAGCCCUAGCACGCACCUCUCCAAACGCCAUUGGGGUAACUGAUGUCUGCAGAGUCUCUAGCCACACAGCCCAUCUCUACAGCACAGGCCCCACAGAACUAGUUCUCCGAAGAGCAACUGCAUUGCCCCUCCAGGCUCCUGUCGUUACCUUCCCCACGGCACGGCCUCCCUCAGCUUCACCCCAUGGGUUGCUACUUUUUCACUUAUCAGACCUUUACAUGUGCCUGCCUCUGGUUUAUCACUCACUCCUAGGAGACCUCCUGUCAUCUUCUUUCCCGUGAACAGAGGCACUCAAGCCACAGGUCACUGAGGUAAAGGGCAUAUUGACUGGAGUCCCAUCAAUAGUCUAACUUCGGCGAGUUCACCUCUGCUUGCUCCUCCUCCUACAAUGUAUAACCAGGCAGAGCGGAGGACUCUGGCUGGUCAGCUACUCAGCCACCUUCAGCACAGGACCUGGGAUUAAGAGGACAGCUCCCCCCACAAUGUCAGAAGACAAGAUCACUGGAACCUUGGCUUUCACUGUCUUCACUGCCGUGUUGGGGUCCUUCCAGUUUGGAUAUGACAUCGGAGUGAUCAAUGCACCUCAAGAGGUAAUAGUAUCCCACUAUCAACAUAUUUUGGGUGUUGCGGUGGAUGACCGAAGAGCUACCAGUAACUAUGCUGUCAACAGCACAGACACCCCACUCCCAGUCACGCCAGCAUAUGCAACGCCAGCAUACGCAACGCCAGCAUACGCAACGCCAGCAUACGCAACGCCAGCAUAUGCAACGCCAGCAUACGCAACGCCAGCAUACACAACACCAGCCCCCCUAACUGACAAAGAGGCUGCAGGAUCCGCUCACCUCAUCACUGUGCUCUGGUCUCUGUCUGUGUCCAGCUUCGCAGUGGGUGGAAUGGUCGCCUCAUUCUUUGGUGGGUGGUUAGGGAACAAGCUUGGAAGAAUCAAAGCCAUGUUGGCAGCAAACAGUCUCUCACUGACUGGAGCUCUCCUGAUGGGGUGUUCCAAAUUAGGACCAUCACAUAUCCUCAUCAUUGCCGGAAGAAGCAUAUCAGGAUUCUACUGUGGGCUAAUUUCAGGACUGGUUCCAAUGUAUAUUGGUGAAAUCGCUCCAACAACGCUCCGGGGUGCCCUGGGUACUCUUCACCAACUGGCCAUUGUCACAGGCAUUCUUAUUAGUCAGAUAGCUAGCCUCAACUUUAUUCUGGGCAAUCAGGAUCGUUGGCACAUCCUGCUUGGCAUGUCCGCUGUGCCAGCUCUCCUACAGUCUCUCCUGCUACUCUUCUGUCCAGAAAGCCCCCGAUACCUUUAUAUAACACUGGAAGAAGAAGUCAAAGCAAAGAAAUGCUUGAAGAGACUACGAGGAGCUGAGGACAUCACCAAGGAUAUUAAUGAGAUGAAAAAGGAAAAGGAAGAAGCAUCUGCUGAGCAGAAAGUCUCUGUGAUUCAGCUCUUCACAGAUUCCAGCUACCGACAGCCCAUCAUCGUGGCAUUAAUGCUGCACGUGGCUCAGCAGUUUUCUGGAAUCAAUGGAAUAUUUUACUACUCAACCAGCAUUUUCCAGACAGCAGGUAUCAGCCAGCCUGUGUAUGCCACCAUUGGCGUUGGUGCUAUCAACUUGAUCUUCACUGCUGUCUCUGUGCUGCUCGUGGAGAAGGCUGGGCGGCGGUCCCUGUUUCUAGCUGGAAUGAUCGGGAUGUUUUUCUGUGCCAUCUUCAUGUCCUUGGGACUUGUGCUGCUGGAUAAAUUCUCCUGGAUGAGUUACGUGAGCAUGACAGCCAUUUUUCUCUUCGUCAGUUUCUUUGAGAUUGGGCCAGGUCCAAUUCCUUGGUUCAUGGUUGCUGAAUUUUUCAGCCAAGGCCCCCGCCCCACUGCUCUGGCACUGGCUGCCUUCAGCAACUGGUUCUGCAAUUUCGUUGUGGCUCUCUCCUUCCAGUACAUCGCGGACUUCUGCGGGCCUUAUGUGUUCUUCCUCUUCGCUGGGAUCCUCCUGGUCUUCACCCUGUUUACAUUUUUUAAAGUUCCAGAGACCAAAGGAAAGUCUUUUGAGGAAAUCGCCUCAGAAUUCCGGAAGAAGAGAGGUGCGGCGAAACCCCCCAAGGCUGCUGUACAAAUGGAAUUCCUGGGGGCUUCAGAGAAUGCCUGAGGAUGAUCUGUCUAAAGCCCAAGAACAGACGGAAGGGAACCACGUGUUCCCUCUUAACUGAUAUCUACACCCUAGAGUUUUGUUUUAUACCGUUUAAAGAAUUUGUACAGACUCUGAUUAGAAAUGUCAACAAAUAUUACCAAAAAAAUAUUUUUUUAACGUAGAGGAUAUAUUUUUUGACGGUAAAACUCCUAGUUAAGUACACCGAAGGGGCUGUUACUUUGAUACUCUACAGGGAAAGUGUGUUAUAAUCUUCCUAUCCCUGUUCAUUUUUUAAAAAGUGAAAUUGAAGUGCUUUUGACAUAGCAUAUCAUACGUGACUAGCAGACCUGAAGCUACAACUGAUAUCUAUAUAUUUAAACAUGAUAAAUUGGAAUUUUCUCAGUCACAGAGUCGAUGCUCAAGGACAUAUGGCUGGUGUCAGCUAGGCUCAUGUUCAAACUGACAUUUUUGUUAUCCUUCCUCAGCUUCUCUCACGGGAUUCAGAGUUAGUGUUUUGCUUGAAAUUAUUUUUCUGUAUUUUUAUAUAGAAUAACUGGGUAUUUUAAACUAUAUUUGUGAUGAAAAUCUAUUAUUUUUAUAGCUACCAAAAUCUUCCUAUAUUAAGAGAAAACAUUUUAGUUUCUUUGUUUGAUGUAUUUCGCAAUUAAACACUCAAGUUUCUCCUCGCUGCAGAGCCUAUAUUACUAGUUAAUAUUAGCGUCUAAACCAUGUUAGUUCCUCACUAUUUCAGUCCUUUAUGUUAUACUGUUUUUUUAAUUACCCACUAGUGUUUUCAUCUGAGGUGCUAGACACACUUAACCCAUCAGGAUUCAGGCGUUUUGUAUAUCGUCUAAGAACUCUAAUAAACUGGAUCAAACUCA